GCCGACCCUGAGGCCCGGAGGGCAGUGUCUGGGGAGCGCGCCGCGCCGGUUCCAGGCCGGGGUCCGCGCGCACCGCGGAGAGGGAGGGGGAGCACCGAGGGGAGCGAAGUCUCGCGAGAUCACGCGGCAGCGGCGUCGGCGGCGGCGGCCGGGGAGGUUCACAAUAAAGGUGCUAAGAAAGAGAAUGUAAGACGGGAAAAUAAUUAAAUAUUUUUACGGAGAUUUUAUUUCAUUCAAAUAAGCGUUCCUUAAGGAGAAUCUCAUAUGACGCAGAGGCUCCCGUCCAGAAGGAGAGUUAAAGGACAGAAAUUUAACAAGUAACCUGGUGGAUUAGAGCUGCAACCAAGAGAGAAGGUUGAAGAACGCACAUCAACCUCACUGAGGGGAGCUGCAACCCCAAGGAUACAAACAAAAGUGUCUUCAGCAGGCCACAUUUAAGAGGUGUCUCAUAGUCCCUGUUACCAGUGGCUGGAACACCAUGGAUCACACCGGGACAAUAGACACAGAGGAUGAAGUGGGACCUUUAGCCCAUCUUGCUCCAAGUCCUCAGAGUGAGGCUGUGGCUCAUGAAUUCCAGGAACUUUCCUUGCAGCCCAGUCAGCACUUACCCUCUCUGAACGAAAGGAAGAAUGUGCUCCAGUUGAGGCUGCAGCAGAGGAGGACAAGAGAACAGCUGGUGGACCAGGGCAUCAUGCCACCUUUGAAGAGUCCAGCGGCAUUCCAUGAACAGAUCAAAAGCUUGGAACGAGCCAGAACUGAAAACUUUUUGAAACACAAGAUUCGGAGUCGACCAGAUCGUUCUGAACUUGUCAGGAUGCACAUUUUAGAAGAAACAUUUGCAGAGCCAUCCCUGCAGGCUACUCAGAUGAAGUUGAAAAGAGCUCGACUAGCAGAUGAUCUGAAUGAAAAGAUUGCUCAGAGACCUGGUCCCAUGGAGCUGGUAGAGAAAAACAUCCUUCCUGUAGACUCCAGUGUUAAGGAGGCAAUUAUAGGCGUUGGGAAGGAGGACUAUCCCCCUUCUCAGGGUGACUUCUCAUUUGAUGAAGACAGCAGUGAUGCUUUGUCUCCAGACCAGCCCGCGAGCCAGGAGUCGCAGGGGUCAGCUGCAUCCCCAAGUGAGCCAAAAGUUAGUGAAGCACCAUCUCCUGUGACUACCAGCACUACAGUCCAGUUUACUUCAGUGUCCCCAGCAGUUCCUGAAUUCUUGAAAACUCCUUCAACUCCAGAUCAGCCUCCCACAAGGUCCACAGCUCCUGUCCUCCCCACAAACACUGUGUGCUCAGUAAAGCCUGGCCCUGCACUAGUAAAGCAAAGCCAUCCCAAGACUCCAAAUGACAAACACCGUAGCAAAAAGUGCAAAGAUCCCAAACCACGGGUAAAGAAGUUAAAGUACCACCAGUACAUCCCACCGGACCAGAAGGGGGAGAAGAGCGAGCCGCAGAUGGACUCCAACUACGCCCGCCUGCUGCAGCAGCAGCAGCUCUUCCUGCAGCUGCAAAUCCUGAGCCAGCAGAAGCAACACUACAACUACCAGACCAUCCUGCCUGCUCCAUUCAAGCCACUCAGUGACAAAAAUAACAACAGUGGGAAUGCAGCUUUGAACAAUACCACACCUAACACACCAAGACAAAAUACAUCAGCUUCUGUGAGAAAGCCAGGACCUCUGCCUUCUAGCUUGGAUGACUUAAAGGUAUCAGAACUGAAAACAGAACUGAAGUUAAGGGGUUUGCCAGUUUCGGGCACCAAACCAGAUCUCAUCGAACGCCUAAAACCCUAUCAGGAAGCAAACAGCAGUAGCCUUGCUGCUGGCAGUAUUGUGGCAGUGUCAUCGUCAGCCGUUGUCACUAGUAACCCAGAAGUGACAGUGGCAUUGCCAGUUACAACACUACAUAACGCUGUGACUAGCUCAGCCUCCACUCUCAAGGCAGAACUGCCAUCUGCUGGAACCAGCAAUGUUGCCCAUGUGGAAAAUGUUCAUUCCCCUCUACCAAUCUCGCCAUCUCCCUCCGAACAGUCCAAUCUGAGCACCGAUGACACAAACAUGGCAGACACUUUCACUGAGAUUAUGACCAUGAUGUCUCCUUCACAGUUCCUGUGUUCAUCUCCUUUGAGAAUGGCUAAUAAUGAGGACAGCUUGAGUCCCACCAGCAGUACUCUGUCAAGUCUGGAACUGGAUGCAGCGGAGAAGGACCGCAAGCUCCAAGAGAAAGAGAAGCAGAUUGAAGAGCUGAAGAGGAAACUAGAACAAGAACAGAAGCUGGUAGAAGUUCUGAAGAUGCAACUUGAGGUUGAAAAACGAGGGCACGCGAGGGAAGCCCAGCCCAGUGCCCCAGCUCAUUCCCCCAACAAGUCAGAUCAGAAACAAGGUGGCAUUGGUCCCUCCAUCAAAGAUGAGACCCCGCCCCCCGACUGCUCCAGCUCCAGGCAGCCUCUCCCAGGAGCUAGCCACUCUGUAGCCCAGCCCGUCUGUACAGGUGGCCAGACCCUUGUUGCCAAAAAGGCUGUAGUUAUCAAGCAAGAGGCCCCCGUGGCCCAGGCGGAGCAACAGAGCAUCGUCUCGCAGUUUUAUGUGAGUUCCCAGGGACAGCCACCACCUGCCGUUGUCGCUCAGCCCCAGGCUUUACUGACCACACAAACCGCUCAGCUGCUGCUCCCGGUGUCCAUCCAGGGCUCCAGUGUCACCUCAGUACAGCUCCCAGUAGGCAGCCUCAAACUCCAGACUCCACCACAAGCAGGAAUCCAGACUCAGCCUCAGAUAGCACCUGCUGCACAGAUACCAACUGCUGCCUUGUCCUCAGGCUUGGCCCCAACCACACCCCAGAAACAGGACCCUUUCACAACGCACCUUCUCAGUCAGCCGCAGCAAGUCAGAAAGGUUUUCACAAACUCAGCAUCAUCAAAUACGGUUCUUCCCUAUCAGAGACAACCUGCUCCAGCAGUCCAGCAGCCCUUCAUUAACAAGGCCUCCAGCAGCAGUGUUCUACAGCCCAGAAAUGCUCCCCUUCCACCCCUGCAAAAUGGACCUAACACUGCCAGCAAGCCUAGUUCAUCCCCUCCACCUCAACAAUUUGUCAUCCAGCACUCUCUGUUUGGAAGCCCCGUCACCAAGACAAAAGACCCUCCCCGCUACGAGGAGGCCAUCAAGCAGACCCGCAGUGCACAGGCCUCCCUUCCUGAGAUUUCCAAUGCACACAGUCAGCAGAUGGAUGACCUCUUUGAUAUCCUCAUUAAGAGCGGUGAGAUAUCCCUCCCUAUAAAAGAAGAGCCUUCUCCUAUUUCCAAAAUGAGACCAGUGACUGCCAGCAUCACCACAAUGCCAGUCAACACAGUGGUGUCCCGGCCACCACCCCAAGUCCAAAUGGCACCACCUAUAUCCUUGGAACCCAUGAGCAGUUUAUCUGCCAGCUUAGAGAACCAAUUAGAAGCUUUCUUGGAUGGAACUUUACCUUCGGCCCAUGAAAUUGCUCCACUGCAGAGCAGCAGUGAAGAUAGAGAACCCUUCUCGUUGAUUGAGGAUCUCCAGAACGAUCUGCUGAGUCACUCAGGUAUACUGGACCAUUCGCACUCACCCAUGGAGACAGCCGAGACCCAGUUUGCUGCCAGUACUCCCUGCCUGUCUCUUGACCUUUCAGACUCAAACUUGGACAACAUGGAGUGGUUAGACAUCACCAUGCCCAGCACAUCUUCCGGACUCACUCCUCUCAGUGCCACUGCACCAAGUAUGUUCUCUACUGACUUUCUGGACCCACAAGACCUACCUUUGCCAUGGGACUAAUGUCACAGAUUUCUUUUCUCAGAGUUCAUGAGGUUUAAGAACAUGAAGAAGAUUCUAAGAGGUCAGUCUUUAGAGAUAGAGCCAUAGUUGCAGAGUUGCAUUAAAAUAUGUUGUCACAGAAAGAAUGGAUAGAAGAAGGUCAUAGCCUGGAACCCAAGUUUGAAAACAUUUCAUUGCAUCGAGCAAUGAAAUGCUACAAUGAAUUUCUACAAUUUAAUACAGCACAGGGCCUUCUGAAAAACACAGUAGACAAAGAAAACUCAUCUGAUUCUUCGGACUGCAGUAAAGAAUGAUAAAGCACCUGUACAUAAACACAUAAAGAAAAGUAAUGUACGCAGGAAAAUGACAUUAGGAUUCUCUGCAAUCACUUUAUUUAAACGUCUAUGGUCACUUUAAGACCCCAGAUAGAAGGCAUUUAAUUCCACUCAAAAAAUAAGGCUGAUGAGAGGGAGGUGAGAGGUCACUGCACUCAGUACUUCCUAGAGAGGGCCUGAGCCACGCCCAAGACACAGUGGGGGUCGAGAGCACUGGAGCGUGCUGGCCACUUUGGUGACAGCAUCUAGCUGAAGACUUUUGGUUCCAUUCAGAAACCUAUGUAAUUUUUUGUGUGUUACAGUUUAUUUUGUGAUUUUUGGAAUCUCACUUUAUAUUUCCACGUUUAAAUUUAAAAGAAAAAUCUUCCAGCAUAAUCAGAAGAUGUGUACAAAAUACUGUCACAAAAAAUCCACUGUAAAAAGUCCAGGUGUAUUGAUAACACUGAAAAUUCACAGCCCUCUGGGUUGAUUAGAUUGAUUUAGUGGUGUAUAUUAAGCUCUUGUAUGUACGCUCUGACACAGUGAUUUGUACAGCCUACAUUGGGGUAAGGAAAUGGGUAUACAAUGGUCCUACUUUUUUUUAAUGACAUUAUUUCUAGAAUACUUGAGCCACGUUUAUUUCUGUACUUAAAGAAUUGCUGACUAACGUUCAGGUAACCAGACCCAUCUCAAAGAAUCAAGAAAAGGCUUUAACAUGAAAUAUCUUUCUGAGCUGGUGAGUUGGAAGAAUGGAAGGUGAGGGAGAUCUGUCAUCUAGCCAGGACAUUUCCAGGAUGAAUCCAGGCUGGACUGUGCCAGGUACACGGCGGGCCGCUGGCUCCCAGCUUUGGCUGUCUGUCUUCUGCCUCUGAUCCCGGGUUACCAUUUCAUAGGCUUGUAACUGGAUGUCCCACCUGAGCGCUCACUAUAUUGUCAAGCUGAAGAUUGAGAAACUGGAGGUUUUAUUAGUUUUUUAAUAUAGAAAAAAGUUAUUACAUAUUUGUUAAGUAGUUUCUUAAGAAUUUCAAAAAUGCCAACUACCAUGAGAUUAUUUCAAGCUAAUCAUUUAGGUUUAUGAUAAUGUAAAUAACUGAUCAAAAACUGAAAUCUAUAAAAAGAGUAUAGAGGUUUUUAUUAAAUACUAAUACUGUGCACUCUGCCUCACCCUAUGUAAACCCUACGGCCAGGCUGAACCUGGUUCAUUAAAUGGUAAGUGUUCCACAGUGACGUGCAGGAGGCAGCCUGGCCUAAUAUUUGGAAAGAAUUUGUGAAUCUUUUCAGGUUUGUAUUUUUGGCUUAUAAAUUUUGCUACAUGUAAGAAAAGUCUGCUUUUCCUGCAUGAAGCACGAUGGAGCCCUCUGCUGCCCGGCACUUCCUGCCUGAGGCACUCAAAGCUCUGCCAGUCUUUUCCAGUGCUUCAAGGCAGAGGUCGCUGUGCUGAGUAUAGUCUGUGGUGAGUCGUUUGUGUUUAGAAAUUGGUAAACCAGCGCACGGGAUACAGGAACUCUGUUAACUAGAACACCAUUACCCGACCAAGCCCAGCGAGAGUUUACCCCACUAGACAUAGUGUUACCCUCAUGCCAGUUCCCUUGACAAGGGCCUUUCCCCAGGGCCAGGCUGUUUCUUGGGAAGGUACUUUUUUUAUGGGAGGUCUUGGCUAUGGGUUUUUUGCUGAGGGUUUGUGUCUAGGUAUUAUCAGGUCCAUAUUUGGGCCCUGAGCACCUUUUCCAUUAAGAUUUAAAUGGCUUAUUAAAUUAGCACCAAGCAUCAGUGGGACUGGAGGAGGCAACUGAACAGCUAGUGCAAUUAACUCUUGUUGAAUAACUUUAUGUUUUCAUAAUCCUGAGUUAUGUAAAUAAAUAGUUUUCUAGCCCUCCAUUCCCUUUAUUGCUUUUUAAGAUAGAGUUUGAAACAUGCCACAGGAAGGUUGCUCUCCAAAAAUACACAAUGCAGUGCAAAGAAUGCAUCAGCCUGCUGUCUGUGACUGUGUAUUCUUGCACCAUUCCACGUGGUCCUCCUGUUCUGGCUCGAAUAGCUAACUGGACACCAGUGACAUGCGUGCAGCCCUCCAGGACCUCCACUACGUAGCCCCAGGUUGGAGUGAAAUAACGCACAAGUGGUGUACCCACACACAUGACAUGAACAAAGACAAUGUUCUGUAAACAAGGCCAUGAGUGAACUCACUGGUGUGAUGGGAAGUGUAAUGGGGAGGAGUGUGUGGGACUAAGGAAGAUUGUUGUCAUGUAAGGUUAUAGCCACUGGAGCACAGGUCACCACACCCCAUGCUCAGGACGUGUCUGUGUAGUUGGCACUGUCACGUGUCAUACUGUGGAAUGUCAUAUUGCCAAGAAACAACUAAUUCCCAGUCUUACUUCCCUACAUAUUCUUGAAAUGCAAUAGUAUCAACCUUCCUCUUCUGUUGUACAUAGAUACCAGAUCAUCUUAAUGGGGGUGGGACAAAUUAAAAGUACUAUACCAAAGCCUGUAUAAAGUCUUUGGAGAGCCAGGGCUAUGUGUUCAUCUUGUACAUUUCAGCAAAGCAUCUGCUAAGAAACCUCUUAGGACAUUGUUAGUGGUUCACAUGCUAGUGUUUCUCCUGAAAUGUGCAAUCUACUGUAUAGUAUUUGCCACAUAUUUCUAUAUAGAUGCAUUCUGAAUUUGUGGAAUUUCUUGCUUAGAUACUAUUUGUGUUUGUUUCAUAUGAGUAUUUUUGUAAUACUAAAGAGAUCUUAUUAAAUAUUUGAAUUUCCUUUAGAAAGACUACAUGAUCCUGUGAUCCCUAUAAAUGACCCUUCGGGGCUUGUGAGUACUGUUUAGGAGCAGUGGCAAAGGCUCCUGGGAUUGCCUCUAGGCUCAUGGACGGCCAAGUCCUGGUAGUGAGAUAGCACCCCUGAACUGUGCAGUCAGCAGACACAGCGGGUGUCUCAGGAGCUUGUUUCCCAUUUUGUCACCAAAGCUGACUCAGGCUUCCUUCACCCUCAACCCCAGCUCAUCCAGGCAGCACAGCUUUCUUCAGAGUCCUUUCAGAAUCACCAGGCUGAAAUUAGCCAAACAUCUGUCCCUGGGAUAGUCCCUUUACUAUCCUCAAAUGGACUUGGCCUUAGAGAAGUAGUAAAGUACUUCAGUAGGGUUGAAGAUAUUUAGGAGAAGCCCACAUUUCCGUGUACAUCCUCACACUGUUUUCCAUGAGCUCAUGUGGUGGCCAGCCUUAGAGAACCACGUGGCUGACAGGCAGAUGGGGACCACAUGGCACUGCUGGGGACUUUUAAGAAAACUACAGAGAGAAUAGAUAAUCAUUAUCUAGUAGAGCAGCACAGGUCGGUUUAACCAAAUUCACAAAUAAUUCCUCAUUUUUCACUAUUCAUUACUACAAAAAUGAAUGUUGAACACUGGCAACAGAGAAUACCCAUUCAAAUUGUCCCGCUGACUGGAGGCCGCAAAGUUAGCCCAAAAUUAACAAAGACCAUUAACUGGAAGGUCAGAUUCAUCAAGGAGCAUAGCUUACACGUGCAUAAGUGUGUAUUUGGAGAGCAUCCUAACUGCAUUUCAGCUAAUCUUUUAAGUAAUUUCAGUCAAAACUGGAAAAUAAUUAAGAUGUAGCAAUUUUUUUUCCUGGUUCAAACCUUCAAAAAUUUGUUCAUUCAGCAGUCUUUCUGGGCUGCGUUGUUACUUGUAAAGUGAUUCUGUCUACAUGGCUAUAGGUAGGUCCGUGUUUUCCCCCAUGUCCCGUUUUUUUUUUUUUUUUUUACGGUAUCCGAGGAAACACGUCAGUGCAAAGAGCUUCUCCCUGAAAUCUCUUGCAGAAGGCCUAUAAUUGGAAAAGCUGCACAUGUUUACAGACCUCUUAUCCUACACAUGAACACAUUGCUCUGUGAAUCGUUAUUGGAAAAUGUCACAAUUUUGUGACAAGAUAGCAAUCUCAGAUCUACAAGGUGCUGUCUGGAAUCAAAUAAAACAGGUUCUUGGAGAUACGAACACAGCUACAGUGUCUAAUAGAGCUUUAUGCCAACUACUAUGACAAAGCUUUAGCAAAGUUUAUAGAAUCACCGAAACUCAUAACAGUUACCUCUGUACAUGUCGCUAUAAGGAAUCUUGCUAAUUAGGAAGAGGAAACAUUUAGGAAAAGGUUUAGUAUCUACCAAAAGUACUUGAUUUCAACUAACCAAUAGUAAUGCAGACUUGCUUUAAAGGAACCAAAGGCAUUGCCAAGUAUUUGCCAAAAGGAGGCACUUUUUAUUUAAAAUGUGAGACUAGUGAGAUCUCAAAAAUCAGUCCCAAAAAUGGUAUUAUCCAUUUAAGGUUAUACUUUUCACAAAGAUGUAGAUAUUUCUCUAUUGUUUUCAUGUAAAAUAGUAUAGAGUUGUUUGUUGGUUUAAGAAUAAUACAUAUUCAGUAGUAAUACAAAGUUUCUUUCUGUGUAGAAAUUAGUUUUCUUUUCUUGCUUGCAAUAGAAAUGCAACGUGAUAGGUGUUUCUCUUCUUUAUUUUCAUCAUCACAUUAUGUCUUAGCAUCUCACUUUAUGAAAAAAAGGAGAAAGAUACCAAUCUACAGAGCCCUGCUUGUUGAAGCACUUGUUUAACAAAAAAUUAUGGCAAUCGGGGGUCCAUUCAUGUAUUGCCUUUAUGUUGUUUUUUAAAAGAAAAACCAUGAUGCCUUUGUAUUUGCUGUUUGCACCCCUGAAAUCAAUUCCAUAUCAUGUCUGAAUGCCAUACGUUUCGCACGUGCACUGUGCAUAGGCAACGUGUACUGUACUUUUAUAUGUGUGCACAUUUAUCAUCAGAUCUUUUGUACACAGUGGCAGUAUCAUAGCUGUUUGGGAAAUGUUUGAUAUCUCAGCAAUUUUGCAUUUUUGUGUCUUAAAUAAAAAGCGUUUUGAUGUA